AUGUCUGGAGACUCCGACUGCGAGCAUCCUAGUUCUGAUAGCAUGGACUCCAAUUAUGGAUACAGCAAUUUUUCUUCACGCUUUCCCCCCGGUCGCAGCGACAACACUAAUGCUCAAAAUCAUUUUUCCUGCAACUUUUCUAGACCUCCAGAGAAACCAGCGUCAACUGAAGCGCAUCUCGCGGUUCACAAUUUAACUUUGCCGCGCCAAAAUCCGGCGCAUACACACGCCGCCGGAUCAAGAAUCCCCGCCUUUCUCAGUUCAGCAGAUCCUACUAGUACUCUGAGCUCCUUCCAUAGUAGUACUCAGCAUCACACGAACCGUAUGCCAUGGGAGCACUCAAUUUUAAGGUCACCAGCUCCAAUUCCAUACACGUCUGGGUUGACACAUCUGAAUCAUCUCAGGCCGACACCAAACUCUAACCAUUCUGAUCUUGCUCAGCUUGGCAACCGCAACUCUCCUACACUCGGAAAUAACUCUCUUGGUUGGCUGGAGACUCUCGAUCAUCGUACCCUCCUGGAAUACUGUCAGCCGUACUCCCGGAUGCAUCAGUGCCUUGCAGAUACCCGGCGUGAAGCAGAAGCCUUGCGAAUCCACCUGGAGAAGUCCAAAGAGGAGCUCGCAGUUGCAAAGGGUACUAUACAGACCCUCGAGUUGACAUAUAGGGCACUGCUGGACAAGAGCAUGGCACUCCGUGGCUCGAACAUAGACACGACACCUCCCUCCCAGGCAUCUGAGAGCUCCAUACUCAAGGCACAUUUGUUACUUGAGAAGCCGGCGUAUGAUUACCCAACAGCUGAGUCGUAUUCAGCUGCCCAGCUUGCAUGUAUGUUCUGGUGCAAGUCCCACUGGCUUGACAGCACCAAUCGCCCUGACGACAAGCGCCCUCCACCUGGUCCGAAGGGCAAACAACGGCGCGCUCAAGGUUACAACGUACCGUUCCGCUUCAUCACUCAAGAGGACGGCACUAUCAUCGAUGGCUUUCGCGUUCAGGAAAUCUCUAGGCUGGUCUGGGACUUUUUGUUUGCCUUGCGAGACGCCGGCGAAGCUACGUUGACUUGGGAUAAGCUGGGCUUACAUAAGAAGAGAGCGCUCUAUGUCACCAUGAAGAAUGCCUUCAAGGAGCUGACCUACUGCGAGAACGACUGGAAAGCCGAGUGGGUUGCCAAGGAGAUUUACGAAUGCUUUGGGCGAAAGCACGUCAAGCCAUGGCUCGAAGCGCAGCAAAAACAGGUCGAUUUGGACGUCUUGUACAAGAUGGACGAUAUCGCGGGUCCUUUCUUGCCUUCAGGACUGCCAUCUGCAACAGCUGGGUCUUCUCAACAAGCUGCUUCGACUACUAUGUCUGUGGUCACAAGACUUACCGCUCCACUCUCUGGAUCUACGUCAUCUGGAACAGCUCAAGACUCUUCGUUAGGCACAAGCACCGCUUGCGACAAGCGCAAGUCAGCCCCGAACGCCGGCGCUCCAAAGCCCAAGCCAAAGAAAAGACGACUACUCCUCAAGAACCCGUAUGAUACUGCGACUACUGCACCGGCUGCCGAGUCGAGCAAUACUAACACUCCUCUAGUAGACGACGUCGAGACUCAUGACAUCGACGGUGGUGAUCGGGGGCAAAGAGACUCCCGUAGGAUUGUCGACGAGACUGGCCAGCGUGAUGGUGAGUCGCAGCACGAGGACAACGACAAUGUCCGCCGCGCUUUCGUACACGCAGACGACGACAACGUAGGAGGUGAGUCAGGUCAUGCAGGCAGCGGAAGCGGGCGUGAUGAGUCGGCGGGUGCUGGCGGCGAAGAUGGAGGCAGUGAGUCAGCACCGGGCAAUAAUGGCGAGGGAGGACAGGACUGCGACAGUCAAGAGGGUGGCGAGUCAGCGCAGCAGGACAGGAGUUGUGAGGACCGUGCGGCUGAGGGCGGGGGUGGUAGUGUCCUUCAGGACGCCAGCGAGAUGCGCUGUGUGGACAGGACUGGAGGUGGCCAACAGUCGGAAGGGGAGCCGGGGGUUGGCGGCCGUUGUCCAGACGGUCCAAAGGGAAAAAGGCAACGGGGAAAGCUCGUAGAGCUGCCAAAGGAGGUGAAAACAGGACG